CACGAUAACACUUCUAUUCGGAUACGUUCUUUUGUCCUUAGCGUGUCCUUGACCAUGAAAACUGGAUCAUGGACCUGGACGAGGCGAACGAGAGCGACGACCCAAGAGUGUUCCUUCUCUACAAAGCCAAGGAGGCCUAUGGAAUGAGUGACCUGUCACCGUCCUCCUGGUCGGACCUAGUUUACGUGAUGGAUCAACCGAACAGCACCGUUUUCGAGACAUUUUAUAGACACUACACGAAAGCCGGGCGGCCUCUGUUGACGGCUGGCUGCGACGGUGAGUGUAAGCGCGACCUGCUGUGCGAACUCCUUACGUCAGACAGCUCCGACAGAUCUCGCUGCGCCUCGCUCGGCUCCGCCUGAAGCGCUGCGAAAGGCCUCUCUGAAGGCUAGAGAAGGAAGGCGAGAACUUUCGUGGCCACGGAUGUUACAUGGGCAUGAUUAUAGGAAUUAUUUUGAACUAAAGUAAAAGGCAUAUUAUUU